AUGGUGAGAAAAUACGUUCGCAAAAGUAACAGAGGAAAAGGAUAUACAAAAGAGAGCUUGAAAAUUGCCCUGACGGCAAUAAAGUCAGGACAAAUCACUUUAUACCGAGCUAACAAAGUUUACAAAAUUCCGCUAGCUACCCUUCAUGAUCACCUCAAAGGCAGAAGAGGACAAAAAAGUUCAAGCUAUGGGAGGCCCCAAGAUAUUUCUCAACAUGAAGAAGAAAAACUAGCAACUGGCCUUCGUGCCAUGGAGAAAUGGGGUUUUGGUCUGUCCCGAAAAGAAGUCUUACAAAUUGUAGCCGACUAUGUGAAAGAAAACCACUUAAAAACACAAUUUAAAGAUGGAAAGCCGGGAGAGGAUUGGUUUCUCAAUUUUAAGCGUAGACAUAACCUUUCGCUUAAAAUACCCCAAAGUGUUGAAUACGCCAGAAAAAAAAAUCUUGAUCCUUUCUUAAUCUACGACUAUUUUGAUCUACUUGAGAAAACUAUCAACGAACUUGGUUUGCAAGAACGUCCAUCGCAAAUUUGGAACCUGGAUGAAAGUAGUUUUUGCACGGAUCCAUCAAAGACAAAAAUUGUUGGACAACGAGGGGCUCCAUCAACAAGAACUAUUAGUGGACCUGGCAAACAAAACACAACUGUUCUUAUGUGCUGUAGCGCAAGUGGCGAAAAAGCUCCUCCGCUCAUUAUCUUUAAAGGUAAACAUGUUUGGGAACAGUGGACUGCUCCACGGGGGACAGAGUUUCCACAUACAACCUACGCUGCCACAUCUAAAGGGUGGAUGGAGACAACUGUAUUUAAAAACUAUUUCCAAAACAGUUUUCUUAAGAAUAUUGGUCCAGACCGACCAGUGUUAGUCAUUUAUGACGGACACGCCAGUCAUCUUGGAGCAGAUGUUAUAAACAUAGCUAUCGAAAAUGGUAUUACCAUACUUAAGCUUCCACCUCAUACCAGCCACAUACUCCAACCCCUAGAUUUGUGCGUUUUUAAAUCACUCAAGACCCGUUGGGAUGCCAAACUCGUCCAAUGGCAAAGAAAGAAUGUAGGGCUUGCCGUAACGAAGAGUGUAUUUUCGAAGAUGAUAGGAGAGAUAUGGUUGGAAACCAGGCCAGAAAUAUUAGUAAGUGGUUUUACCAAAGCAGGAAUAGUUCCCUUAAAUAGGGGUGUUAUCAAAGAAGAUUCUUUUGAUCCAGUAGUUUUCCAACGUUGGCAAAACAACCAUAAAGUGGCGAGUGUUCAGGAACCUGACUUAGACCUAAAUAUGCCUAGCACCUCCAUAAACAUUAAUGAAGUACAAAACAUCAUCGAGGCAGGGCCAAGUUCAAGCUCGCAAGAAAAUAUCUCCAUAACAUCCCAAGAACAAGAAAGGAUUCCGGAUGUGUCAUUUGAUGAGCUGUUAUUGAGGUCAACCAAACGUGAAAACAAUCCUGAAUCGAAAAAAAGAAAACGAGUGUGCUUAGGAGCUGAGGUAGUAACAAGAGCUGAAGUUGACAAAAUUUUAAGUAAGAAUACAACAACAAAAAGUAAGCCAGUAAAUAAAAGUACAAAAAAUAAAAGUGUUUAUAAGCGAAAGGUAACUGAAAGUAGUUCUGACGAUGAUGGUGAUUCUUGGCAUAGCGAUUCAAGUGAAGGAAGAAUAACUGAAUUUGAAAAUCUAAGUAAAAGUGAUUUAGACGAGUUCGAUGUGAACGAAGCUAACGACGAACCUAAAUUUACCAAAAUACAAAUUGGGGAUUUCGUGUUAGUGAAUUUUCCUGGGAAAAGAAAAGUGUACAAAUAUGUUUGUUUGGUAAAAGAACUUAUCAAUGACGAUGAAGUCGAAGUUACAGGGUUAAAAAGGCUCACAAAUAAGUGCCAUUUUAUUUUGAAGCACGACGAUGUCUGCACCGUACCACUGUCGGACAUAGAAAAAAAACUGCCCGUUCCAAAAAUAUCAGUAACAGCUGAUUACAAGAAGUAUAUAUUUGAGACAGCUCCUGAAGUGUUUGAGACUUAA